AUGAUCACAACAACAACAGCUGGCAGCGUCUUUCUGGACCGCGCGCCUCUCUGCCCAUCUCCCCUCCACAUCCAGAAGAAAUCGCGAAAAGCUACUUUUCGAAGGCGAAUAUUCCGUAAGUCAACUCCUACCUAUUGCGACGAUCAGUACGUGUUCGGUCCGCUCGACGACAUCAUCGACGAGAUCAAGAGCGAUAUCUGGGAGUCACCGCCCGACUACAGCUUCAACUCAUCCGUCUUUGACUGGGCGCAACCGCUCAGAGCGCCUUUUUCGUGGACCGUAACACCUCUGCCUGUUAGUCGCGCUCCGAGCGACCAACCUCUGACGAUACGCAAGAACAGAAACAGUCGGUCCUCAGCCUCAGGAUCCAGCUUUGGAGAUCAGAUGGCGUUCUCGCGCAAGAACAGCCAUGUCGAGCCCGAAAACGGCGACCCAGUACGUUCUAUGCCUACCACUGCACUGACCCCUUGGCCGUUGAUCGAUGUGGCGUCGAGCGAGCCUGCGCACCCUCUCUUUGUCGCCGAUAGCGCUGAACACAUGAACGCGCAACAGGCUCUUGAGAAGGCGAUUAGCAACACUGAAGGUAGCGCCGAACCCCUGAAGCGGCGCAUGUCGUCAAAGCUUCGAUCGUUCACCAGUGGUCUACCUCUCUUACGUCGUCACAACACUGGAGAGACUAGCGUUGGCAUUAGCGAUAUGCCGGGUGCAACCUCGCCAACAGCAGCUACAGCGCUCGCAGCCCACGACGAGACCGAAGAAGGCUCAGAGGUGCAGCAUCCGGAUGACGAGGCUCUCGGGGCUUACCUGCUACGAAACGCCCGCAAACUGUUCCCUGAGGUCAAGCUUCUCACCGAGGAUUACCAAGACAUCGGCGUCGCUAUCGAGAUCGAGGGUGUCCUGCACAACCGAAAGCCUCUGCCCGAUACCGGUAUUGAUGUGAUCUUCGUGGUAGACAACGGGUAA